UCCGCCCCGUCGCCCGCCGCAUACCAGCGCUGGUCGGCGAACUCCAACUCCCACAAUCCCUCUCCCCCGGGAGCCGGACGAGCGGCCGCCCCUCCUCCAGCGAGCGGCGGGAGCGGGGGCCGACGGGAGUUGUAGUCCCCCGCCCCGUGGCCCGCCGUGGAGCAGCGCGGGGCGGCGGACUCCAACUCCCGGCUGCCUGUGCGCGGCCGGAGAGGGCGGGAAAAAUGGGAGGAGGAGGAGGAGGAGGAGGAGAAGGAGCGAUGGCGGCCGGCGGAGGCGUGCCGACGGCCGAAAAAAAUGUUGUCCCCUCCUCCCGGUUAUUAACCACCCGGGUGUCGGGGGAAGAAGAAGGGGAGAGAUGGCGGCGGCACACGCCUGAGAGGCGGGACGGUUGUUUUUCCCCCCCGCCCCGGGGUUUUAGACGUUUUAAAUUCAAAUCCCCACCCCGCCCUCAGGAAAAAUAACGGUUUUAACCGUCACUUUUUUUUUAAAUGAAGCGCUGAGGGGAUUUUUUUUUACAAAAUAAAUCUAUAUAUAUAUUAAAAUAAUUAUGGGCGUGCAAGGAUUUCAAGAGUUCAUCGAGAAACACUGCGCCGGGGCCGUGGUGCCGGUCGAGCUGCAGAAGUUGGCCCGGGCCGCCCGUAAUCGAGCCCCGGGCCCGAGGCAUGGGCCUUACCCGCCGCCGCCGCCUCCUCCGCCGCCGCCACCUCCGCCGCCGCCGCCUCCCCCGCUGCCGCUGCGGCUGCUGCUCGACGCCGAGACCGGCCUGCACCGACUGUACGGCGGCUACUUCACCGACUGGGUGAGCGGCGGCCAGUGGAACCAGAUGCUGGGCUUCCUGGCCUCGCUGUCCAAGGCGUGCGUGAGCGGCGGCGUCGAGCUGGUGGUGGCCUUCAACGGCUCGCUGGCCAAGGCCCGGCUGCCCGACUGGGUCAAGCGGCAGAACCAGGAGCGCCAGAGCGCCCAGCUCAUCGUCAACCACGUCCAGCACAAGGGCACGCCGCCACCCAAGGUCUGGUUCCUGCCGCCGCCCUGCCUGGCGCACUGCAUCCGCCUGGCGCUGCUCCGCUUCCGAGUCAAGGUCGUUCAGAGUAUCGAGGACCACCACCAGGAGGUGAUCUCCUUCUACCGUGAGAACGGCUUCCACGGCCUGAUUGCCUACGACUCGGAGUAUGCCCUGUGCAACGUCCAGUGCUACCUCAGCGCGCACGCCCUCAAGCUCAGCUGGAAUGGCAAGAGCCUCACCACCAACCAGUACCUGAUGCAGGAGGUGGCCAAGCAGCUGAACGUCAACCCUGCUCACUUCAGCAUUUUCGCUGCCCUGCUGGGUAACCACAUCCUCCCAGAUGAAGACCUGGCUGCCUUCCAUUGGAGCCUGCUGGGCCCAGACCACCCCCUGGCCUCUCUGAAGGUCCGCGCCCACCAGCUGGUCCUGCCGCCCUGCGACGUGGUGAUCAAAGCCGUCGCUCUGUACGUCAGCAGCGUUCCUGAUGUCCGUGAUCUUGACGCAGUGGCCAAGGACGUCUUCAAACACUCUCGGUCCAGGACAGAAGAUAAAAUUGAACGGUUCAAGAGGGCUGUGGAAUACUACGCAACUGCAAGCAAGCCAAGACCUCUGCCUCUUGGACCCACUCCAUUCCUCGGUUUCGGGCCCAGCCAGUUCGGGAUGCCCUCCUACGCGGCCACACACAUGCAAGCGAUCGCACCACCCAAGCCACUGUUCCCGCCACCGCCGAUGAUGCAGAAGCUGCCGUACCAGCCCUUCCCGCCGGGGCCCGGCGUCACCUUCCCAGCCUCCCAGAGCCACCUGGUCCACGGGCCGCCCUUCGACCCUGGCCCAGCCAAGCACGACAUCCAGCGCCCCUGCAAGCCAUUCGGCGAUUGGCCCGGGCCGCCGGCACCGCCCCCUCCGCCGCCGCCCCCGCUGCCAGCCACCAGGAUUUCCAACCACGCGCAGGCCAAAGAACCGGCGUCGCCUCUGCACAACUCCUCGCCCUCAUCUUCCUCCGAUGUGGACGAUCAGAGCAGCAGCACCACAGCCAACCACCUCGUCGGGCAGUCCUCUCAGCACAAAGCCAACUGGGAAGGUGCCAGCUCAGCUCCAGGUCCAAGCAGGAGCCCCGAUAAAAGCGGCCCCGAGGGCCCCCCCGAUGCCAAGACCGGGAGCGAGCAACCUCUGGCUCGGGACGCGGGCGCAGCCCCGGUGAACCCCACGGCGCACAUCCCGUCGCUGCUCUCCAUGCAAACCAGGAACCACAUGGACAUCACCACCCCGCCGCUGCCCCUGGUCGCCCCCGAGGUCCUGCGCGUGGCGGACCACAGGCACAGGAAGGGUCUCAUGUACCCCUACAUCUACCAGGUCCUGAUGAUGGGCGAGUUGAAGCUCCCUGUGUGCAUAGAGGACGAAGCCAACAACGACUUGCCUCCUGCCACUCUGCUCUACAGAUCGGCCCGGCAGUACAUCUACGGCGUGCUCUUCAGCCUGUCGGAGACCCAGCGGAGGGCUGAGCGCCUCGCAGUGCGGAGGAGGAUCCCUGUGGAAGUGCCUCCAGUCAUCAUCAAGGAGUGGUCGGCCUACAAGGGCAAGUCGCCCCAGACUCCAGAGCUGGUGACAGCGCUGACCUUCAGGGAGUGGACCUGCCCCAACCUGAAGAAGCUGUGGCUGGGCAAGGCCGUGGAGGAUAAGAACCGGCGCAUGAGGGCCUUCCUCGCCUGCAUGAAGUCUGACACGCCAGGGAUGCUGAACCCCGCCAACGUCCCCACCCAUCUGCUGCUGCUCUGCUGCGUCUUACGGUACAUGAUGCAGUGGCCAGGAAGCCGGAUUUUGCACAGAUACGAACUGGAUGCGUUCCUCGCACAGGCUGUCUCUUCCAAGCUGUAUGAGCCAGACCAGCUCCAGGAGCUGAAGAUCGACAAACUGGAUGCCCGUGGGAUCCAGCUGGCGGCCUUGUUCAUGAGUGGCGUCGACACUGCCCUCUUCGCCAACGAUGCCUGUGGGCAGCCCAUCCCCUGGGAGCACUGCUGCCCCUGGAUCUACUUCGAUGGGAAACUUCUCCACAGCAAGCUGGUGAGGGCCACCCGUGAGAAAGCCCCUCUGAUUGACCUCUGCGACGGUCAGGCUGAUCAGGUUGCCAAGGUGGAGAAGAUGAGGCAGAGCAUCCUGGAAGGGCUGAGUUUGAGCCGGCAACCCAUGCUGCCCCCCUCGAUGCCCCCGCCGGCCUUUGUGCCCCCCAUGAUGGCGCCCUUCUAUCCCAUGCCCAUGUACGGCCGCUCCUUCGGGCCGGUCCCGCACCCUCAGGGCCGGGGGCGGGGUUUCGCUGGCAUCCAGCAGAUCUCGCAGGGAGGGAAGCUGGAGAUCGCCGGCAUGGUGGUGGGCCAGUGGGCAGGCAGCCGACCGGCUCGAGGCCGGGGAUCGCUCAACCUGCAGGUCAUCUCCGUCGGGGGCCACGGGAGAGGGCAAGUGAAGGACACAGCGCCGUCUAUGAAAGGGACCCGAGGGACCAGCACUAAAAACGGAGCGGCUGCUUCCACCGAAGACAGCCAGACUCACCCGACGGCGCCGAGCGAGGGGAUCCCCGCCCUUUGUCCGCCAGAGCAGCCCACGCCGGAGGAGGAGGGGGUGGCGGAGGCGGAGGCAGAGGCAGAGACGACUUCCGAGCCGGCCCUGAGCCCCGCUGACUGCCCGUCCCAGCUGAACGGCAAGCGCCAAGAGGGGAGCAGGAGACCCAGCCUCCCGCACUAUCGCCAAGUGCCUUAAAGAAAGACAGUGACCUUUGCAAUAGUAUUUCUCAGUUCAAUGGCACUAAAUGCUGACGACACCUGCCACUGGGAACAGAGAGCGGCCAGUGCUGUGCGGCAGACAGAGGAGUAGAGGCUGCCUGCCCCCGGGGCGCAGUUUUCACUUGCGCUCUCUCUCUCUCUCUCUCUCCUUUUCUUUCGGUUUAAAAAAAAAGGAAAUGAAAAAUGCGUGUUUCCGAUUGCAAAAGGGUGGUUUGCCGGGUUCAAACCCCACCCCCCUCCCCCCAUUGCCAAGCCCCUCUCCACCCCCCAGGGGACAGGGAGCUGGGAUUGGAACUCAGUGGCUCGUUGACCCAGGGACAACAGUCGGCUGGUGCUCUCAAGACCAGUGUCAGUGGGCUUGAACCUGUUUCAGAUCUCAUUGCAUUGGCCAAUGGUGUCCCAGGACCUGUGUGUGUGCCUCCCUCCCUCCCCCUCUCUCUGCUUCCCUCCCUCCCUCCCUCCCCCUCCCUCCCCCUCUCUCUGCCUCCCUCCCUCCCCCUCUCUCUGCCUCCCUCCCUCCCCCUCUCUCUGCCUCCCUCCCUCCCCCUCUCUCUGCCUCCCUCCCUCCCCUCUCUCUGCCUC